AUGUGUGCUGAGAGUCGGCCAGAGGUGCCUAAGCCAGAGGUGCCUAAGCCAGAGGUGCCUAAGCCAGAGGUGCCUAAACCAGAGGUGCCUAAGCCAGAGGUGCCUAAGCCAGAGGUGCCUAAGCCAGAGGUGCCUAAGCCAGAGGUGCCUAAACCAGAGGUGCCUAAGCCAGAGGUGCCUAAGCCAGAGGUGCCUAAGCCAGAGGUGCCUAAGCCAGAGGUGCCUAAGCCAGAGGUGCCUAAACCAGAGGUGCCUAAGCCAGAGGUGCCUACCAAGGUGCCUAAACCAGAGGUGCCUAAGCCAGAGGUGCCUAAACCAGAGGUGCCUAACCAGAAACCAGAGGUGCCUAAACCAGAGGUGCCUAAACCAGAGGUGCCUAAGCCAGAGGUGCCUAAGCCAGAGGUGCCUAAGCCAGAGGUGCCUAAGCCAGAGGUGCCUAAACCAGAGGUGCCUAAGCCAGAGGUGCCUAAACCAGAGGUGCCUAAGCCAGAGGUGCCUAAGCCAGAGGUGCCAGAGCCAGAGGUGCCUAAGCCAGAGGUGCCUAAGCCAGAGGUGCCUAAGCCAGAGGUGCCUAAGCCAGAGGUGCCGAAGCCAGAGGUGCCUAAGCCAGAGGUGCCUAAACCAGAGGUGCCUAAGCCAGAGGUGCCUAAGCCAGAGGUGCCUAAGCCAGAGGUGCCUAAACCAGAGGUGCCUAAGCCAGAGGUGCCUAAGCCAGAGGUGCCUAAACCAGAGGUGCCUAAGCCAGAGGUGCCUAAACCAGAGGUGCCUAAACCAGAGGUGCCUAAGCCAGAGGUGCCUAAGCCAGAGGUGCUUAAACCAGAGGUGCCUAAGCCAGAGGUGCCUAAGCCAGAGGUGCCUAAGCCAGAGGUGCCUAAACCAGAGGUGCCUAAGCCAGAGGUGCCUAAGCCAGAGGUGCCUAAACCAGAGGUGCCUAAGCCAGAGGUGCCUAAGCCAGAGGUGCCUAAACCAGAGGUGCCUAAGCCAGAGGUGCCUAAGCCAGAGGUGCCUAAGCCAGAGGUGCCUAAACCAGAGGUGCCUAAACCAGAGGUGCCUAAGCCAGAGGUGCCUAAGCCAGAGGUGCCUAAGCCAGAGGUGCCUAAACCAGAGGUGCCUAAGCCAGAGGUGCCUAAGCCAGAGGUGCCUAAGCCAGAGGUGCCUAAACCAGAGGUGCCUAAGCCAGAGGUGCCUAAGCCAGAGGUGCCUAAGCCAGAGGUGCCUAAACCAGAGGUGCCUAAGCCAGAGGUGCCUAAGCCAGAGGUGCCUAAGCCAGAGGUGCCUAAACCAGAGGUGCCUAAGCCAGAGGUGCCUAAGCCAGAGGUGCCUAAACCAGAGGUGCCUAAGCCAGAGGUGCCUAAACCAGAGGUGCCUAAGCCAGAGGUGCCUAAACCAGAGGUGCCUAAACCAGAGGUGCCUAAGCCAGAGGUGCCUAAGCCAGAGGUGCCUAAGCCAGAGGUGCCUAAGCCAGAGGUGCCGAAGCCAGAGGUGCCUAAGCCAGAGGUGCCUAAGCCAGAGGUGCCGAAGCCAGAGGUGCCUAAGCCAGAGGUGCCUAAGCCAGAGGUGCCUAAGCCAGAGGUGCCGAAGCCAGCCCGUCGGCCUGUCACGCCCUGUCACGCCCUAGCUGACUUGAGAGGUUUCUUGCCCCGGUUGGCUCGGAAGGCGCCCAUCACACGUAAGACCUCGGCCUGA